AUGCUCUGUGAUAUCUUUACCCGUGGCGUCGGCCGCCGCAGCACCAUAAACAAUGGCGCAACCCAGCAGAAAAUGCUCUACUUCAGCGACGACGAGAUGGACUGCGUCCCAACAUCGCGAGACUUCAAGCCAGUUCACUUUCGCCGGCGGCACACCAAGCGCUCUGACCGCCGCCGCAGUGCAAAUGCAGACAUCCUGGAGAGCGUUGGUCUACCCCCGACGGUGUCGUACAGCGACAUGAAAGCUCUGCAAGACGGCCUCAGCGUCGAUGAUAUCUUGGGCCGCCGGUCCUCGUGCAGCGUUCGGUUCAAGGAGGCCGUGUCGAUGGUCGGUGGCAACGCAACCCAAGCCGCCCGCCGCGCCUCAAAAUCAGCCACGUCGGUGGCCCGCUGGUCAAAGAAGAUGUCACCGACAAUCAUCGACUCGAAGCUGCGAGAGAGGCCCAUCCACCAUAGCUACCAGUCCUCGGCAUUUCACGAGAUCGUCGGCUCGCCUCCUCGAUUUCAUGACAAGGUUGACAUUUCUCAGUCACAACAAUAG